AUGGCGCGGUGGUCGUCUCCGAAGGACCCGGCUCUGGAGGCGGCCCUCCGCCGCAACCGGCGCUGGAUCGUGAACAACCAGAUCAAGCGCCUCCUCCUCCGCUUCCCGUCCCGCUCCGCCCCCGUCCGCCUCCUCCAGUCCCGCUUCAAGACGCUCGACCUCCUCGGCCGCGCCGCCAACUGGCUCCGCAAGUAUCCCUCCUGCUUCGAGCUCUUCACCGGCGAAGGCCCGGCCGGGAGCGGCGGGGAGCUCUGCUUCGGCUUCACCAAGCGGAUGGCGGAGCUCGUCGACGCCGAGGAGGCCGCCGUCACCGCGUCCGAGCCGGCCAUGGCCGACCGCCUCGCGCGCGUCCUCAUGCUCACCCGCGGGCGCCGCCUCCCGGUCUCCAAGCUCGCCGCGCUGCGCGGCCCGCUCGGCCUCCCCGACGACUACCUUCUCCGCAUCCUCCCCGCCCACACCGAUCUCUUCCGCCUCGCCAACCCGUACCCUCACCGCCGCAAUGCCGCAGAGCUGGAGCUGCUCCGGUGGGUCCCUUCCCGCACGGUCUCUGCCAUCGAGGCCGCUGCCUCGGCGAGCAACUCCCUCCCGCGGUUCACCUGCUCGUUGCCGUCCUCUUGGGCCAAGUCCCACGACAAGAUGGAGGACUUCAACGCCACACCCUACAUUUCGCCCUACUCGGAGGACGGGGCAGUGCCUGGCACAGACGCACAGGCUGAGAAGCGUGCCGUGGCUGUGGUUCACGAGCUUCUUUCGCUCACCUUGUGGAAGAAGAUUUCGGUUAUGAAGCUAGAGCACUUCAGAUGGGAGUUUGGGCUGCCAGAAGACACAGCUAGGAUGCUGCUCCGGCAUUCUUGCCUCUUCUAUGUGUCGAAUCGGUAUAAGAUUCACACGGCGGUGCUCCGUGAGGGUUACGAGGGGUCUGAGCUGAGGGUGAAGGAUCCAGUGGUGGCAGCAAAGGAUAGACUCGGGGAACUGAUGCAGGAGGGUCUGCACGAAUUUAAUCAGCGUCGACGUGCUGUGAAUUUGGAGAAGAAGAGGAGGAAAGGUGAAGUUGAUGUGAAGAAGGAAGAAGAGGAGCUCGAAGAUGAGGCAGGGGCACUGUUGGAUAGUGCGGAGAAGAGGGAGGAAAGACGGAGGUUUUACAAGGUGUUGUUUGGUGAUGAUAACCGGUGA